AUGAAGAAGCGUGUGCCUCCGUCCUUUGUGGCAAUUGGACAGGGUCAACCUGGUACAGGGAAAGGGAAGACACUAUUGGCUGUCGAGAGUGAGCUCGAGCUUGUUCAUAAGCUCGUCCCCGCUACAGCCAAUCGUACCACUAUUUCUGGUGACGCAGCUACUCGAGCAGGUGCACUCGAAGCUUUGCAGCAGAACACCUUGGUGCACCUAGCUUGUCAUGGCAAGCAGGACCGUACACAGCCUUAUGAUUCGCAUUUCGUCAUGAAAGAUGAACAUUUGACGCUGCUCGGUAUCAUGGACAAGGAUAUCCCGCACGCUGAGUUCGCGUUCUUAUCCGCUUGUCAUACCGCCGUUGGCGAUGAGGAGACGCCCGACGAAGUCAUUCACCUCGCAGCUGGUCUCCAGUUUUCGGGAUUCAAGAGCGUCGUUGGUACACUGUGGGAGGUCGACGAUUCUGUUGCAAAACACGUUGUCGAAGCUUUCUACAAAUAUAUGUUCAAAGAUUCAGAGGAUGGUGUCAUGGACUUUACGAAGGCGGCCUGGGCACUCAACUGUGCUACGCACGCCGUGAAGACGAAAGUGCCACUCGAGCAGAGGAUGGUUUUUAUUCAUAUUGGUGUGUAG